CUAAAUAAAUAUUAAAAUAUUAUAAAUAGUGUCGUAUUUGUGAACAAUUAAGUUUUUUCAUAAUUUGUGUUCUUUUAAAAAUUAAGUUAAACAAAAUGAAUCAUUUGUCGCCGCCACCCUCACCGCAUUCGCAACAAACGCAAUUGGUUGCUUUUAAUAAUCCCGCCUUAGAAAUGAAUAUUAGUUCAUCUAAAAAUUGGAUACAGCGUGCUUCGGCGUUUAAUACAGUCAUUGCUUCAGCUGCCGCGCAGAAACUCAACACAAGAGACCUUCCCUUCUUAUACAAUCCACUAUUAUACUCCAGUGCAUUGUUAUGGCCACAAUUUCUAUUAUCAUCUGCUUCCGCACUGGGUACACCAACUACACCCACAACACCCAAAUCCCCUGCAUCAAUUGUAAACAAUCGUGAUUACGCUUUAACGCCAGAAAAAGAAGAAUUUUCAAAUAAUUCCAGUUUGAAUCAAACCUCACAAGACAAUAGCAACGAGGAAAUGCCACUCAAUCUAUCCACGAAACGUACUCCACCAUCAAAAAGUUGCAGUCCAGAACCAGCAUAUGAAAGCGAAGAACAUUCAAUAAAUACCAGUACUCCUCCACCAUUGCGUGCAGUUAAUCUAAAAGCCAAUAUAGGUUUUGAGGAGAAUAUUGUAAAUGAACCAGUUACAAAACGUAGAUCACAAGGAUCAAUAAUCUGGUCUCCAGCUAGUAUGUGCGAAAAAACAAUGGAAGAAAAUGAAGACACAAAUAAUUAUGCUGUAGAUCCAAUAGUACGGAAAUUUAAAUAUGAACGCCGCGCAAGCUUUCCACGUUACACUGGAGCUACCAAUAGUGAAGCAAAUACAGUCUUACAAUCUCCAUUAUCUUCCACAGCACAGAGCACAGUACGUGCUGAUUUCAAGGCUGAUCUGGAAUUUGAAGCAGCACAACAACAAUUAUAUGCACACCGUAACGCUUUCAUGGCUGGUCUAACAGCGAACAACUUCCAGAUGCUGACUCAACACUUGAAAGUCAGUACACAACGCGAACUGGAAUUGCUGUGCCAGAAGCGUCAGGAUAUUCUUCUGCGCAACAACAACGAAAAUUUGUUAAGCAAGAAUUCAAUUAGUUUUGAACAGGAUAAUUUCAAAACCGAAGAGGAUGCUGAGAUAUUCAAACAAAAUCUGCAUCAGCAGCAACAACAAGAGCAGCAGCAGCAACAACAACAACAUCAACAUCCUGAUUCCACUGCCAUCAUAAGCAGUGGCACAGAUGUUCGGCCAUAUCGUGAGGGCGAUGAGAAGCGCAGUACACGCAACUUUCAGUGUAAACAGUGUGGAAAGUCCUUCAAACGUUCAUCAACAUUAUCAACACAUUUACUCAUUCAUAGUGAUACAAGACCAUAUCCUUGCCAGUACUGCGGCAAACGAUUCCAUCAGAAAUCGGAUAUGAAGAAGCACACAUAUAUACACACCGGCGAAAAACCCCACAAAUGCACAGUUUGUUUAAAGGCUUUCAGUCAAAGUUCAAACCUGAUAACGCACAUGCGUAAGCACACCGGCUAUAAGCCUUUCGGCUGCGGCCUAUGCGAUCAAUCGUUUCAACGUAAAGUGGAUUUGCGUAGACAUCGUGAAAGUCGUCAUGAAGAGAACCUAGCAGUGGUGAAAAUGGAGGUGAGCAGCAGCUGCUGAAAAUAUACUUCGAUGAUAUUUAGUUUUUUCAAUAAAUUAUUUUAUAAA